GUCUUACAGAAAUAUACAUGGCAAAUUUGUAUUGAUUUUACCGGGUUUUAACGAAAAUGAUACCGAUCUUUUUUUAUGAUCAUAUACAGCCACAAAAUCAAAAACACAGAUCUCUUUUGAUAAGAUAAACAGAAAAAAAUCAGAUAACUCGACUGUGUUACAAUUUACGAAAGCAACAACCCCACAUUUGAUAGUUGAACAAGAUCUAUUUCGUUUAACACGAAAUAACAUUAUCCUUUAUUCUUCUCUCGUUCUACUUUUUCUUAAGUCUGUCUUUUUUUAUUUUUGAUUCCUUGGUGCAAUGAAUGCGGACAUCGACGGAAAUGAAAAUCAAUUCAAUUAUCAAACGAUGUCUAUAGACCCUGAAUCGGUUCGUAAGACAGUCGCCAAUAAUGGGAUAGAAAUUGGCGCAAACGAUCAAUUCUAUGGUAUCCAGAAAAUUGUUCUUAUGAAAAAACUGGGCCGUAAAUGGGAUAAAAUUCUUGUCGUUACUGGUAUUGUUUUGGUUGCAUGGGCAAAAAACUGGGAAGGCAAUGUAAUCUACGCUGCAUCGCCAUAUGUUUACAGUGCAUUCAAUGCCCUCAAUCUUGCGUCUCUGGUCACUGUUAUUUUGUACAUUAUUCAGACUGUGUUAUUGCCCAUGUAUGCAAAGUUCUCUGAUAUGAUCGGUAGAACAGAAGCUAUUACAAUCGCCAUCUUCUUUUAUAUAAUCUCUGGUAUAGUUCAAACUGCAGCCCUUAACUUCAAUACCAUUAUCGGUGGGCAAGUUUUAUAUGCAUUCGGAAAUGGAGGAGUUGCUGUGCUUGGACAUGUCCUCAUUGCCGAUAUCACAUCGGCUGCUAAUCGCGGUGUUUUCCAGGCUUUUUACGACUUUCCUGCUAUAGUGAACAUUUUUGUUGCUCCUAUUGUUGGUGAAGCUAUAGUAACACAUAGUACUUGGAGAUGGGCUUAUGCUAUGAUACCAUUCUGUAUCGGUGCAACUGCUGUUCCUCUCUUAUGGGGUAUGCUUAGACUUGAAAAAGCAGUAAAGAAGUCAGGACAAUUGUCAAAGAAAAAUAAUUCCCAAUACCAAAGUAUGUCAUUCCUACAAAAGGUCACAUUCAUUGCUUCUGAAAUUGAUGCUGUAGGUAGUAUCUUAUUUAUUGGUGCUCUUUGUAUGAUUUUACUACCACUUGUUCUUGGCCCCUCUAAUUGGGGCGGCUGGAACUCUCCACCCACUGUUGGUUGCCUGGUUGGUGGUUUUGUAUGUGCCCUUGUCUUUGUUGUUUACGAAUGGAAGGUUGCCAAGCACGCCGUCAUCCCCGUAGGUAAUUGGAGUACAUCGACACCCAUUGCAGGUGUGAUGGUCUGCGCUUGCAUUAGUACUAUUCGUGCUACUAAUUGGACUUACUUUCCCAUCUACCUUCAAGUCACUCGAUAUGCCUCUAUCUGGGAGUCGAACUAUAUCAACGAUGGUUAUCAUUGUACAUUUUUACUUUCUCAAUUAGCUGGAGGUUUCAUUAUGAAGCGUUAUAAAAUUUACAGGCCUGUUGUACUUGCUGGCAUUUGCUUUUAUAUUUUCGGUAUGGGUCUUAUGAUUCCUUCACGUUACCCUACCUCUCCCAUUGGUUUUGUUAUCAUUUCUCAGAUAAUUGCUGGUCUUGGUUCUGGCUUUAUUUAUGUUCCUUGUUUAGUAGCUUGUCAAAGUUCUGUACCUGCUCGCGACCUUGCUAUCAUCACUGCCUUACAACAGAUCGGCGGUACAAUUGCUACAAGUAUUGGUUCUGCAAUUUCAGGUGCUAUUUGGAAUGCUCUUUUACCUGGUCAACUCGCAGCCCACGUUCGUGGUGAAUAUGACGCAGCAAGAAUUCUUGGUGACAUCACUUACAUUAAUUCCCUUCCUAAAGAACAGCAUGAUGGUGCCUCUAUUGCUUAUGGUGAGGUACAAAGAAUUCUCUCUAUUGUCUCGCUUUGUUUGUCUGUGCUUGCUCUUUGCUUUUUCUUUCGUAUGAAAGCCUUCGGCUUGAGUGACCAUGAUCAACAUGAAGAUCAUUCUGUUGAGGAUAUCAAUGAGGGGGUUUCUGAUACGAAUGCAUUACGAAAGGAGCAACUGUCUCUAACUGAUGGCCUUGACUAGUGAUGGUAAUUGAUAAUCCUUCUCCUCACCUUUUUUUCCUUCUUUUUGUUUUCACUAUACAACCUUACAAUGUUAAUCCACAUAUUUUCUAUUAAGACAUGCUCUUCCUUAAAAAGCUAUUUGAACUGAUCAUCAUAAAAUAUAUUAGUAAUAUUCAGACUCUCCCGCUAUUUCUAUGUACAUUACAUUAUUUUCCCCCACAACAUAAACUAUGUCAAUUGAAAUAUAUACGAC